AUGGUUCGGAAAAAAGUUACAUACGAAGUGGAGAAACUACUGGAAGUAAAUGAUGAAGCACGUGAUAUGAAGAAAAUACAAAAAGUACAAGACGUAAAGAAGAUAUUAAAAGUACUAGAAAUGUUGAAACACUCGGAACUAGAGGACCUGCGUUCCGAGUUGCAAAACACGUCCUCCGAGCUAAGAAAGCUGGAGGAUGUGAAUAUAAUUUUAUAUUCCGAAUUAGAAAAGGUGAAAAACGAAAAAAAGGAAGCGGAAUCCGCAAAACGAAUAGCGGAAGAAGAAUACACGCGUUAUAUAGAAGCCACUAAAA